AUGGAUCCCUUGCACUUCAUUGGGGAUAAUGAGACAGGCAGGGAAUCAGCUGUCAACCAUAACAUUGAUACUGCUCUUCCAUCAGCCAUCUUUCCUGAGCCAGCUUCGGCUGAAGAUAUCACCCACACCCCCACAGUUCAGCUGUCAACUUCAAAUUCUGGAGCUGCUCCCCUCUUGACAGACACACUGCUUUCUGGAGCCACUCCCCCCUCCCCCGACACACCACCACUUACAAUUGAAGGUCCUCAUUCUGUGACCCUCCCUCCUGCAGAUGUGAAAUGGCCAGCUUGGUUUGGGAAGGCAUACACACAAUUGACAUCUGGCAAUCUUGGACGAACCUUCUUAGCAACAAUCUUGAAUUACAUUGAGUUUGAAAAGCAUACCAGCUUUGGCAUCAGAGUAGCAGGGGGUGGUUUCAAAAUUGACAAGAGGCCGAAUGAGGUGGGAUGGUGGGUUGCUUGUGGCCACAAAGUCAUGCCAAAAAUUACACUCAAGAAGCUGCCAGCAUUCGAGCAGGCAUGGUGGGCAUGGUGGAAGGGUUUGCAACCCACAGCAUGUGAGGCAGCUGAGCCUUUUGGAUGGGGAAGAUGGAUGGGCCUGUGUUUGUCAGGAGGUCUUAGUGAUGCCCUACAUAUUCCUGGCGGAUUCCAGUCAUUCUGGCAGAUUCCAGUGCCAUUCCAGUGGAAUUUACCAGCCAAAAUUUCACUCCAGCCAUGGAAUAUUGUUAUUCUGGUAAUUACACCGGAACAGUCCCUGGAAUGGAAUGGCACUGGAAUGCAGUGA